AAAACAGCAAGGACAUCCAUGGAGGACCAAGUAGUAGAGAAUGAUGCUGGAUAUCAAGAUGAUGAGGAGACUUUUUUCCAAGAUAUCGACCUUUUACAGAAGCAUGGAAUUAACGUGGCAGAUAUCAAAAAGCUGAAGUCUAUAGGUAUCUGCACGGUGAAGGGGAUCCAGAUGACCACCCGUCGUGCGCUCUGUAAUGUGAAGGGCCUGUCUGAGGCCAAGGUCGACAAAAUCAAAGAGGCUGCUGGGAAACUGCUGACCAACGGGUUCUCGACAGCAUAUGAAUAUAGCGAGAGAAGAAAACAAGUGUUCCACAUCACAACAGGCAGCCUGGAGUUUGACAAACUCAUUGGUGGAGGAAUAGAAAGUAUGGCCAUAACAGAAGCAUUUGGCGAAUUCAGGACAGGCAAGACACAGCUCUCUCACACGCUGUGCGUGACGGCUCAGCUCCCAGGAGAGGACGGCUACACAGGAGGGAAGGUCAUCUUCAUCGACACAGAAAACACUUUCCGGCCAGACAGGCUGAAGGGCAUAGCUGACAGGUUCAAUGUGGAUCAGGACGCAGUACUGGACAAUGUGUUAUAUGCUCGCGCCUACACCAGUGAACAUCAGAUGGAGCUGUUAGACUUUGUGGCAGCUAAAUUCCACGAGGAGGGCGGUGUCUUUAAACUCCUGAUCAUUGACUCCAUCAUGGCUCUGUUCAGGGUGGAUUUUUCUGGCCGGGGGGAGCUAGCGGAGAGACAGCAGAAGCUGGCACAGAUGCUGUCGCGGCUGCAGAAGAUAUCUGAAGAGUACAAUGUGGCAGUGUUCGUCACCAACCAGAUGACGGCAGACCCUGGGGCUGGGAUGACGUUUCAAGCAGAUCCCAAGAAGCCUAUUGGAGGACAUAUUUUAGCACAUGCCUCAACCACACGUAUCAGCUUAAGGAAAGGACGGGGAGAGAUGAGAAUUGCCAAAAUAUUUGACAGCCCUGACAUGCCAGAGAAUGAAGCUACUUUUGCUAUCACUCCAGGAGGAAUUGCUGAUGCUAAAGAGUGA